AUGCGCUGGAGGAGGUGCCGCCGUCGUGGCGUCAUCCUUCUUUGCUGCGUCUUUGCCCUCCUCUGCCUGUGGGGCGCGGGGGGAGGUGGGGUGGGCACGUCGGCGCCCGAGGCUGGGCGGGGGCCGGUGGGCAGCCGGCGGCGCGUGGAACCAUUUGGCGGCGGCAACGACGUUCUCGUGGUGCCCACGCGGCCGGGCACGUACCUGUGCGAGUACAUGGUGAACGCAACCGUGCUUCCGCAAGGCUGUGCCCAGUCGUGCGGGGGGGAUGGGCGGGAGGGCGGCGGCGAUUUUAACUGCUACGUGCGUUCGAGACACGACGCGAGGGAGCUGCUUCGCGCGGACAUCGCCAUCAAUCACAACGGGCCCGUUCCAGCGCGUCCCUCGCGGCAGCGGCCGCCGCACCUCACCCUUUUCUACACGGGGGAGAGCAACCACACGGACAGGAAACGGGGCGCCGAGGCCUACCAGCGCUUGUACGACGCCGUGGUCUCUUUUCACCAGCACCGGCGCUAUUACUUCACAUGGGCCCACCGCCAGCUGCCCAAUUUCCUGAAUCUCCUUCGCGACAACGAUAGGUCUCCCGCCCCCAGCGGCAGCUUCGACUGGGCGGGGUGGCGGCAGCGUCAGUCUGCGGUGGCAGUGUUCGUGUCGCGCUGCAAGGCGCGCCGCGCGGAUUUUAUUCGCCGCCUGUCGAAGCAUUAUCCGGUCCACAGUUUUGGCGCCUGCGCCCGGAAUCGCAAGAUGCCGGCGGAGUGCGCGCGCCUCGCCGGGCGCUACCCGCAAAAGUUGUGCGUUUUUCAGCGGUACAAGUACGCCAUGGCGCUGGAGAACUCGAGGGAGACGGAUUACGUGACGGAAAAGGUGUACCACGCCCUCUUGAGCGGGGCGGUUCCCCUGUACUGGGGGGCCCCGAAUGUGGCGGAGUUCGUCCCGGCGGGUCGGGCCAGCAUUGUGGAGCUGGAGGAGCUUCUUCCCGGGCAGCUGGGCGAUGCUGCAGCGGAGAGCGCUGAGGACGCCUUUCGCGGGUUUGGGGAGCACCUGCGGCGGUUAGAGGGCGACGAGGCAUCUGUCCGGCGGCUGCUGCGGUGGCGUCGUGCGAGACGGGCGGCGGAGUGGGGCGAGGGCUUCCUGAGAAACCUGUAUCACCCGGAUCCGCUUUGCGCCCUGUGCGCCGAGGCCCGCGCCAAGCGCAGCCAAACCGGAGGGGGGAAAUGA